AUGUGCAUCACGGGCAAGCGCCACAGUGGCUUUGGAGCCGCGGCCUGCGACGACGACCAGAUAUCCUGGUCCGAGUGGCCGCUGUCGGACGAAAGUUGGCACCAGAUGACCACUGCAUCAUCGGGGACGACCGGAGGUGCAUCGACUCACGCCGUCCUGACGAAGGCACAAUUCGACAACCUAGAACUGGCCACCCACGACCUCGUGAACCACGACGAGCAAGAGACCACACCCCCAGGGGAGUUGAAGAUGACGGGGAUCGCGAGCGAGCAGGACUGGAUGAGGGAUGAUUAUGUUGACCCAGCAGCUCACUCGGGCAAAAAUCCUGUUCCACAUGAGAUGCGAACGUUCCUCGACAAGAUGACGGAGACAGGUCGGUCGACACACCAUCGCGGCCUCAACGGCGUGGAAACGAAGGCCGUGAUCGCCUCGCUCGUCGAGCAGGACCCCAGCUUGGUGGACAAGUGGAACCAAGGCUCUCACCCAGUGAACGUGCUGAGAGACAGCAACCUGAGGCUGACGGACGACAUGGUGAGCAAGAUCGAUUGGAGCAGAAUCAGCUUCGAUGAGACCAGCAACUUUUACGACGACGUGCAACGCGCCGAACCGCUGCCCGUCGCGGAGGAAACGGACUUGAUUAAUGACUUGAAGUUAAUGAUCGGCGGGGCUCAACAACAUGGCAUUUUCAAUGGUGUCCAAGAUACCCUGUUCACUCCACAGACCAAUUUGCGGGUGGAUGGAAAUGGUCGUCUCCCGGCCGACAUGAUUGACGAGAAUCAUGUGCAGGCCUGGAAGACCCUUCUGCGGAACAUUGAGAACGUCCCAGGCAACCCGACCUUUCCCGGUGACACCAACAAGGAGGAGUUGAUUGCCCGCGUCGACCACUUGAUAAAAGCCCACGCGCCCCUGGACGCGAACGGGGGCGGGUACGCAAACCACUGGCUGGCCGCGUUGCUGGACGACAACCUCGGUCGCGUCUCGAAGAGCGAGCUGGAAAUGCUUGGCGGGUACCAACUGCAAAAAUGUCUGGGUCUGGAAGAAUGCAAACUUCUCAUGCAUGUUUUCCACACCCCUUGUGGUUUGGAAUGCAGGACCUAGCAUGACAGAGUCUGUGAGGUCUCUGCCAUGCCUAUCCUGCAUGAGAAACUCCCUCCCAACUCGGUCGAAAGAGGACCGCUCUUGGCAGUCAUGCAACACAGAUUUUUGCAUGAUUUGGUUUUAGCAUGACAGGUUCCAAUCUUCCAGACCCAGACAUUUUUGCAAUUCGUAGCGGGGCGGACCACACCAUACGUCCCGAGGACUGGCUAUGGAUCUGUCAGAGUUGAAAUCGACAAAGUUGAAAUAAUUUGCCAUGCAUAAAUUGCCUGGCAUGAAGUGCCUCUGUUGCAGGGGUGGCAAGUGAGGCCGACUGUCAGCCUGCUUGCGGUCUGCGAUAGAGCUGCUACAGUAGCAUGACAAAAGGCGUCUCCCUUACCCAAACAGCAUGACAAACUGGAUUUCGGUUUCACCCAAAUUUGUCAUGCGCCACUUGGAAGCUGUGUUACAACUGGCAUCCGUUUUAUGCAUCACAAAUCAUUUCAACUUUGUCGAUUUCAAACCUGACGCUUCCAUACUGGCACGGGCCGCAGAAGGUGUGGACCCAGCUCCUGGACACUAUGGAUACGAACGAGGACGGGAUUCUGGAUAAAGUUGAAAUCGACGGCUAUUUCGCAGCGACCCCGAGUGGCGGAAAUACAAAUAACGCCAUCGAGAUCGAUACCCCGGCCCCUCCCCUGGUCUAUCUGGAGGACCUCGCGGGGCCCAACGCACCACAGAGCGGGCUGGCGCCGGCCGCGUUGCAGGGCGUGGCGUCGCCGCAGGGUACAGAGGACUGGAUGAAAAGCCCCGCGGUGCCGGUGCCACUCCAGGACAUUCUGGCGAACACGCGGUCCAUGAAUGUGAUUGAGCCGGGGGAAAAACCGCACCCGUCGUUCACGCCCUUCGAAGAGCGGGCCGCCAUCCACGCGCUCGAGUACCAGCUGCACGCUGCUGCUGCAGCGUAUGGGGUUUUCCAACGUUACAUUCUCAGCUGUUGCAUGAAAUUGUAAUGCAAGAGCAGCAAUAUGGAAAGCAAAGGGGCAAGCUUGCGAGUCUCGCAUCACAAAUUUGCAACAGAGUUAGAUGCUGUUUAGCCCUUCGAGAAUUUGUCAUGCGAAGCACCUUAAUCUUCUGGCGAGUUAUGGGAAUUUUGCAUGACAAAUCAUGUAACAGUUGAGAAUGUAACAGUUGAGAACGCCAUACAGCGUCGCCGUCGCCGCUCGUCGCUGGCGUAACUGAGGACAACAAAGCAUCGCUGAGGAGAAUUGACCUCGGCGACCAGUUGAACCAGGACGACAUCACGAAGAUCAACACCCUGUUGCACGUAUCGAUUGCAAAUAUGUCUGGGUCUGGAAGACUGCAACUUGUGAUGCUGCAUCUGGAUUCUAAAAAAACUGUGACUUUCUUUGUUGCAAUUGCAUGAGCAGCAAUGGGAAUGUAAUUCUUGCUACGCCGCUGAGAGGGCAUUUGUCAUGCGGAUCAGGCAUCAAGAAGCCCUCUAAUAAAAAUCUGUGAUGCCAGGGCAUGCAUCACAGACAGUAUGGCUCACGCAAAACGUGCAUGACAAGUCUCAGCACCUUCCAGACCCAGACACAUCUGCAUUCGAUAGCACGUCGACCAUACCGACCAGCUGCCGCCGAAGAGCACAAGUACAAUUACCGGGGAGGAGCAGACUGCGGCGCUGGAAGACAUGAACGCAAAAUGGACCGCUGCCCUCAAUCCGACCACAGCCGGAUAUGGCGUUCUCAAAUGUUACAUUCUCAACUGUUACAUGAAUUUGUAAUGCAAGACUGGCAAAAGUGAAAGGAGGAGGAUUGCGCCUUUUGCAUUACAGAUUUGGCGCAGAUUUAGAUGCUGCUUAGCCCUUCGGAGAUCUGUCAUGCGAAACAGCUUAAUUGUGGCGAUCUUGCUGGUAAAUUUGCAUGACAAAUCAUGUAACAGUUGAGAAUGUAACGUUUGAGAGUCUCAUACCGGAUCCAACUCCUUCGCGAAAGAGUACGGGUUGCAGUGGACGUAUGGGUGUGUCAGGAUUGAAAUCGUCAAAGUUGAAAUAAUUUUAGAAAGUAAAAUUGGUAAUGAAUAAAAUGCAUGCCGCGACGAGGUACGUGUGUUGCAGAGCAGGAAAGUGAGGCCAAUUGUAAGCCUGUAGUUUGGGGUUAGUGUUAGAGCUCGGGCUGCUAAAGUAGCAUGACAAAAUCACUCUUCUUUGCCUAAACAGCAUGAGAAACUGGAUUUAGGGAUCAACUCACCCGAAACACAAUGCCAUCCCGUAGUAGCACAGUCUGUUUAUGUCAUGCGCCACUUGGAAACUGGGUUCCAACUGGCGUCCAUUUUAUGCAUGACAAAUCAUUUGACCUUUGUCGCUUUCGAUCCUGACAGCUCCAUAGGAUGGGCGCGGUGUUGGAUGCGACCGCCCCCUUCGACGGCAACCCGCCCGAGGAGCCACCGCCGGCGGGCAGCAUUGACUGGGAACACGGACUGAAGUAUGAAGUGCAAAAGUAUCGUACUCGUAUAAAUGCAUUCCAAAUUUCCUCCGCGUGAGAAAUGAAAUUGGUAAUGCGGAUAUAAGAAAAAAAUUUGCAAUGCAAGAGUUGCAUUUAUACGAGUACGAUACUUUUGCAGUGGAUAUGAAGUACCUCGCGGGCGAGGACGGGAAGGUGGGCCGCGGCGACUGGCAGGGGAGUGAUGCGGACUGGGACAAGCUGCUCGACCAGGUCGACGAUGAUCCUCGUGACGGUUACAUCACGAAAAAAGAAAUGGAACCUGACACGGUUCCCCUCCUGGACCCGGACGAUGAAGGGCACUUUAUCACGGACGAUCACGAUAGCAACCCCGCAGAGGAUUCAGAUGGCCGCGGGGAAUGGGAGGACGAGCAUACUACAACAACAACGACGACACAGCAACCUUUUCCAAUCGAGGUGGUGGCGGGUGGAGGCGGCGGAGUCGUCCUGGUGGGUGGCGGCGCACUCUGGCUCGGCGGCCGCGGCACGAAGCGGCGUAACCCGCCGGGACGAGGACCACCACGGCGGGAUGAAAAACACGAUGAAAGCGACGCGGAGGACGACAAAAAUGAUCGACCAGACCUCGUCCCGGAAGACCGACCCCCACCACAGCGUCCAGACCCGGUAGUUCCGAGCGACAGCAUCACCGACGUCGAUGUGUUGCAGCGGCAGAUCCACGAACUGACGCAGCUGCAGGCACAGCGACCCGUCUCGACGGAAACAAAUGUGGAAAUCGCUGUCGACAAGAAAAAGAAGCUAUCCAGUGUAAAUAAAGUAGUAUUGGUAUCACAGGGGUAAAUGAAUCACAUUACAAAUGAAUCACCAUACGGAAAAAAAAAAUUUUCCAAGUACCGCAGUGCAUGGCCCGGCUCGCACGCAUAAGGAAGCGCCCAAUAUAUACAACCAAAUAACCUGAGACACAGCGACGCUCCUCAGGAAGGUCGCGCCUUUCUCGAUAAGGUUUGCGCUAUUUGGUUGGUGGCUACGGGGGACGAACGCAAUGGCCAUGAGUGGACGCUGGGGCCAUCGCGCCUGAAUAGCUUGCAAACAACUCGGGGGAAGCAUUCGCAAACCAAAAUACCAAGCACAAGCCCAUUGCUAAAGAUAGGAAAAGCGACACCAUAAAAAUGAAGUGAUUACACCUCCAUACCGUCGGGCGUAGCGUCCCGAGGGUGUCGGAUUUUCUGAAAAAAGCUCAAUUUUUGCCAAAAGUUCAUCUUUUUCGAAGCAAAAAAAGAGGUGUAAUCACCUUGCGUUUUGUAGCUAUCAAUUAGCCCUAUGAUUCAUUUGACUCCUCCCGCUUAGUAUCUGCUUGAAUCACCCCUGCAAAAAGCCGCGAUUUUUGGCAUCAAAUUGAUGCCCGAAGCACGUCUUUUUCGCGUCAAAUCACCCUAGCAGAUAUCAAGUGGGUUUGGCUUUUUUUUCGUCUGAAACAGGCUGCACAUCUCAAGUGAUUACACCUCCACUGUUCCACUUCUGCCACUUGGUAACAGUAGAGUAGGGCAAAAGUAAGAAUGCGAAUAGUGCGCCAGUAGCACCAUGCGGGGUAGCAUUAUGCGCCACGGUAUGAUGCUUUGGGGCUGGUCUUGGGGUAUCUUCUAUGGCAUCUUCUGCGCACUACAUCUCGCAGCCUUCUCCUUACCAAAAUGCGACGCCUGGGGCUUUUGGUCGCAGCCUUCUCAAGCAUUCGCCCACUGCAAUCUACCGACCAGCUGUGUCUGGCGCGGGGAAAAAAGCUGCAGGCGCUACGGCAGUUGGGGACGCUCCGAAUUUUUUUUUUUUUCGACCCUAUGACUCUUUUGAAAGUGAUUCACUUGCUCCUUUGAUAAUUGGCGUCGUAAGUCAUUAUACUUCCUGAUUUUCCUACUUCCUUGCAUCAACACGGCAUGGCGAGUGAGUCGCUUGCCGAAGCUGUAUGUGCUGGAUCUAUCAGCGUAUACUGAUUCCGUUUUGCCUAUGCUUUUUUAAAAAAGUUGUCAUGCGAAAAUGUAUAGUAGUACGGUACGGCUACGGUUACGGAAAUGAUACUAAAAGUACCUUGAUAUUUGCAAUGCAUAGGAACGUGCUUUGGCUGAUGAUGCGGUGGAGAAUGACGGGUAUGGCUCGGACAAAAACCGCGGAAGUAAGAAAUCUAGGAGCAGGAAGUGGUCGAACAAAAAGAGAAGGAGCAGUAGAAGUGCCAGCACCUCCACGUCCGCAGCUUUUUUGCAGAAGCUGGAGGAAGCAGUAGAAACACAUGCCGAGGAGGAGGUAUCGAAAGGAAAAAUUCCCCCUCCCCAUAUCAAAACGGAAUUUCUGAUGCUGGAUUUGUGUACACAAAUCAGGUUUGUGCUGCAGAGAGGCAAUGCGGCCAGAUCCCCGGGCUAGGUAGGGGCGUAUGAGUCUAGUUGCUCAGCAUGGCAAGCGGCUCACUUUUAGGGCCAACAGCAUGACAAAUCGCUUCCAUAAUGGGGCGGAAGCUUCUGCCCUUGUCUUCUUGCAAGACAAAUGUGAUCUGUGGCCUCAAAUCAGCAACGCAAAUUUUCGGAAGCAUACCUUUUCGAUAUGGGGAGGGGGGAUCUUUCUUUUUGAUAGGAGCAGGAGGAGGAGGGACAGCGACAGCACGACGGCCAGAAUUUUGACGAGUCGCGGAGGAGUAGUGACGUGGUUGGAAAAAUUCAAAUGGUACACGAUGUAGUAGAAGAAGAACAGCGACAAGCGGUGGAUGAUCUUGUUGAUCCGCAUCAACAAACAAGAGAAGAGCCAUCUGCUGUGGCCGUGGUCCCCCCGUCGAAUACAAGAACUCUGGUCUUUUCCAAUCAAGAGAAGAAAGACCAAUUCGCGCACAAUCCCACGCCACGGAAAUAUGGAGGCACAAACAUCAGGCUCUUGGAAAUCGAAAAAGUUCAAGUUGAAAUACUUUUGCAAUGCAUAAAAUCGACACAAACUACACCCCACCGGUUGAUGAAUGCGGCCAAAUUGCAAUUAUUUCUAAGCGGCGCAUACCGAUAGAAAAUUAGUGAAGCAUCAAUACCAAUGCAAUUUGGCAUGCUUUUUGGGGCAAAGAGGACUGCUUUUACCAUGCUGCAUCGCAGCUCUAUGAUCUCUGACCCUCAACAGGCUCGCUCUCACAGUCGGCCUCUUCGUUUGCCAUUCCUGCGAGAAUGGGACACUGUGUCUGGCAUGAUCUCAUGCAUGGUUCAGCCGAACCUUGAUGUGGAUUUCGAGCCUGGCACCCCCAUAAGAAAACUACCCGACUGCGAGGAUCUUCGAGUGCAGCAGCCUUGAAGAUGGGAGCUGCUACCCUAAGUAAAACCGUCCACCCCUUGAUUGAUUGUUUUUCUUGGUUGUUUGCACGGCUUCCACACGAGGACCACCCAGCAUGACAAUAUAAUGAUCAUUCGAUUUAUAGAUAUAGAAAUUUUUAUCUUCAUCAGGUCCUGACCCCCAAGAAGAAGUCGCGGAGCCCAGAGAGUUCUUGAUCGUAAGAACCGGAGAAGAUGGAGCAAGUACGGAGGGUGGUGGUGAGCAGCAAAACGGGGCUGAUCAUGCUUCUGACCACUCCGGGCGGACCGUCGUAGCUCUUCGUGGAACAAGUAAGCGCACGGGGGUUUCUUCCCGCACCAGUGCUACCUCUGCUACCAAGACUAGUACGACAUCAACCAGCAGCACCUCCCAGGACGAGGAGAAGCAAAAAAGCAUGCUUGCACGACGUUUCAGUUUCUCGACAACUUUCAUCAAGAACUACACGAGCGGCGUCUUCUCGCGCCACCAGCUCCACGUCUUGCUCCUGUUGGUUCUAGUUCCGCUGCUCGGGGUCGUGCUAUUGUUUGCGGUCUACUUUGGACUCGUGAAGAAAAAUCGAGUUGCAGCUGGUGUUCAUCCAACAUCCGGGUGGUGGUGCUGGACAAAGAAGCAGAAUCGCAUUGUCCCCGUUAGUGGGGACGAUGUUGGUACAUCAACCUCACCGGAGGUCGGGGAGGACGAGGAGGUAGUUUUCUCUCGAGGCUCGUUGGGACAACUUGCAAACUCUUCGAUGAGGCCGGAGGAUGCAGCUGCUCGUACGGAGCAGGUGGGCGAGCUGCAAUAAACGUCUGGAACAACAAGCUGGGAUGAUUGAUGAAGUUGUUCCGAAAAUAAACGGGGACUAUUUCUUGUUCUUACCAGAUUCAUCAAAUUGAAGGUGAAUUAUUGCACGCUGAUACACCAAUGGAAAUCAAUGGUUAUUUGUCUUACUCGUUCACAUUUUACAACUAAUCAAAGCUUAACUCGUUAUCUUUACAGCCGGAAUGUUGAUUCUUCCCUAAAAUUAUGAAAAUUAAAACCUGUACAAAAAAAUCAAUGUAAUCGUAAUACUGUAUCUCUAACUUUCAAAAAGAGCACGACGUUGAAAAAUAAUUUUUCGAAAUAUGUAGAUGUAACGACAAGAUGCCACAAAAAACGCAGCCUUUUAUUCAUUGGUUCUCUGUCUUGUGAGUGAGAGUGUUAUUCUUAUGAGGUCCAUCGAGGAACCAAUCACAAUCGAAAUCGUGGUUAUCAGGAACAAUCGACUAGGAUUCUUCAAAUUGCAUGGAGACGAGCCCCUGCUCUAUAGAAAUAAGUAAACGUCCGACCGACAUUGCGGUUGAGGACAUCUUCUUUAGAAAGAGAUGAAGAACAAAAAUUAAUUUGCAAGCCUUGUAAUAGUUUUAUCGAAAUUUUCAAACUUCUCACACUCUAUAGCGGUACAAUCAAGAUAGGAACUAUCCGGCCGAACGUGUUCCGGCCGAACGCUAAAUACAAUAGGAGAAAUGCGACUUCCUUUUCAGUCGAGAACAGCACUUCUAAUUUUGUAAAAUUAACGUGCUGACUAAAGUAUAAAGACAUAAUCAUGAAACUGUACAUAAAGACGCCAGAAGUAGGUCCCGCUCAUGCUUUACUGUACAAUACAAGAGCGAAAAAAAAACGACGUGCCACUAGUACUUCUUGCCUGGACGUGGAGCGC